UCAAUUUCAAUUUCAACACAGGAGAAGGAGUAGUAACUUAUUUUGCCACCGCUAAUUAUUGUCUUCCUUUUACUUGACAGUUUGAAACUCCGGCGAGUGCCACAGUGGCGUGUGAUACUCCCACCAAAACCAAACACCACAUCAGAACGAACUGAAUUACUCACCAUUAUUACUUUAUCUACACACCUACCUACCUACCUACCUACCGACUCUAAGUAAGGUAGCAGUAGUAACGGUUUCAUCCAUUUCCAUUCACUCUCGAUCGACUAAAUUUCGAUGGCACACCACACCACAAGCACCACCACUCUUCGCAUUUUCUGCGUCGGAACCCUAGACACCAAGCUCAACGAACUCCGUUUCCUCUCCGAUUCACUUCGCUCCAAUCUCCACCGCUUCUCCAAUCACACUUCCCCCAAACUAGACAUCAUCGUCGUUGAUGUUUCCACCGGUCCAAACGAACCAAAACCACUACCAGAUUUCACAUUCGUUUCAAGAAACGAUGUUAUCUCAUCCUAUGAAUCCACGCUUCUUCCACAAGAUAGAGGAAAAGCCGUUUCCGUUAUGAGCCAAGCGCUUAAACAAUUCUUGCAGAAAUCUAACUCCGAUGGGAGUGUUGCCGGCGUAAUCGGCGUUGGCGGUAGUGGAGGUACAUCGCUUUUGUCAUCUCCGUUCACGUCUCUUCCGAUCGGGAUUCCUAAGCUCAUUGUGUCAACUGUCGCCAGUGGCCAAACGGAACCUUACAUUGGAACUUCUGAUUUGGUGUUGUUUCCGUCUAUCGUUGAUGUUGCCGGCAUUAAUAGCGUUAGUAGGGUGGUAUUUUCCAAUGCUGCUGCUGCUUUCUCCGGAAUGGUUGUUGGAAGGAUUCAGAGUUUGAGUGAUUCUUCUAAAGUUGUCGAUAAGACUACUGUUGGUAUAACUAUGUUUGGGGUUACUACUCCUUGUGUUGAUGCUCUUAGAGAUAGGUUGCAUCAAGAGGGUUACGAAAGUUUGGUUUUUCAUGCAACUGGGGUUGGUGGUAGAGCUAUGGAGAAUUUGAUUAGAGAGGGAUUUAUACAGGGAGUUUUGGACAUUACAACAACAGAGGUAGCAGACUAUAUAGUUGGAGGCGUAAUGGCUUGCGACAGUUCUCGCUUUGAUGUCAUAAUAGAGAAGAAAAUCCCCCUGGUCCUUAGUGUGGGAGCAUUAGAUAUGGUGAACUUUGGAGCAAAAGAUACCAUACCGCAGAAUUUUCAGCAGAGGAAUAUAUAUGAACACAAUAAGCAGGUUUCACUUAUGCGAACAACAGUGGAUGAGAACAGAAAAAUUGCUGAUUUCAUAGCAAAUAAACUGAACAGGUCAUCGUCUAAGAUUUGUGUUUGCCUUCCAGAAAAGGGUAUAUCUGCUUUAGAUGCACUGGGUAAGCCUUUUUAUGAUCCCGAGGCAACUGGUACACUUCUUCAUGAAUUACAGAGGCUUAUCAAGACUGAUGAUAUUCGAAAGGUGAAGGUGUAUCCCCAUCAUAUUAAUGACCUUGAAUUUGCAAAUGCACUAGUUGAUGCAUUUUUAGAAGUUAAUGAGAAAACUGGUCAAGAUUCUACUCAUCCACCAGUAGUCAUUCCUGAAUCUGUUGAACACUUCCGUGAGGAUUCUGUUUCAAAUAAAUCAAGCUUCGGGACCAUUAUCUAUGCACCUAGUGAAUUCCCAGAUGCAAAACCAGAAACUUUGGAGAAAACACAGCUAAUAUUACAGCAAUUUAAAUAUCAAAUAGAUAAAGGAAUUCCUAUAAUAGGAGCUGGUGCUGGGACUGGGAUAUCUGCCAAGUUUGAAGAAGCUGGAGGAGUUGAUUUAAUAAUAUUGUACAACUCAGGGCGCUUCCGGAUGGCUGGGAGAGGUUCAUUAGCAGGGUUGUUACCAUUUGCUGAUGCUAAUGCUGUUGUCCUUGACAUGGCCAAUGAAGUUUUGCCAGUGGUAAAGAAGGUGCCUGUUCUUGCCGGUGUAUGUGCAACUGAUCCCUUCCGACAAAUGGAUCACUUCCUUAAACAGGUGGAGUCUACUGGAUUCUCUGGGGUACAAAAUUUUCCAACUGUUGGGUUGUAUGAUGGUAAUUUUAGGCAAAAUCUUGAAGAAACAGGAAUGGGUUACAGCUUGGAAGUUGAGAUGAUCGAAAAAGCUCAUAAAAUGGGUCUCUUGACAACUCCGUAUGCAUUCAAUCAACACGAAGCUAUUGAAAUGGCUAAAGUUGGCGCCGAUAUUAUUGUAGCCCACAUGGGUCUAACCACAACAGGCUCCAUAGGUGCAAAAACAGCUGUUUCACUUGACGAAAGUGUAGUUCUUGUACAAGCUAUUGCAGAUGCAGCACAUAGGAUCAAUCCUAAUACUAUUGUGCUGUGCCAUGGAGGCCCGAUUUCUGGUCCACAAGAAGCAGAAUUUAUAUUGAAGAGAACCAAAGGAGUCCAUGGUUUUUAUGGGGCAUCAAGCAUGGAAAGACUACCAGUGGAACAGGCUAUCACAAGUACAGUCAAACAAUACAAGUCAAUUUCACUUCAUUGAGGUUCAAUAUGUAUGUGUGUAUGUACUUUAAUCAUGUCAGUGUUCUGUACACUACAUUGCUAAUAAUGGCUGCUUGUCACUGUUUGAUAUCUAGUAUUAAAUGAUACAAAUUUUGGAAAUAAUGAAGCAAAUGUAAGGGUGCAGUUUAAAGAAUAAAGUGCAAGUGAUGGGUUAUGUAACAGAUUGUAGUUUGUCAUCUAUGCCUAACACAGUUAUCAACAAUGCUUUUUGCUGUUGAUAGUGUACCUUGAACUUCAAA